AUGAAGUCAUCCUACUGCGCCGACAAAAUUCACGGUGCUUACAUAAUCUGGGAUAAUUUCUCUGCUUGUAUAGCAUCAACUUCACGCCUCCUCUUCCUCCAGCGGCUCCAUCCACCACCGCCCCGCUCGACCUCUUCUCUCUGUCAAUUGACAGCCCACGCCAACAUGUCGAUGCACACCUCCCUCCGCCGCACCGCGGCCACAAUAACCACCUCAACAACCACCAUUCUCCCUUCACGACUGCCGCAAUCGAGCACAACCUUCAUCUGCUCGCAAUGCCGCCACGCAACCCUGCUCCGCCGCCCCAAGCGUCCCUACACCUUCACACAACUCAUCACCCUCUCCGACGGUAGCACUUUCACCCACCGCACGACCUCCCCAGCGCCCAUCUACCGCUCCACGCGCGACACGCGCAACUCCGUCCUCUGGAACCCCUCCAGCAGCAAGCUGAUGAACGUCGAGGACGACGAGGCCGGUCGUCUCGCUGCUUUCCGUGCCAAAUUCGGUCGCAGCUAUGAUUCUGCCGCGCCCCCUGCGGAUGAGAACUCCGCUGAUGCUAAGAAGGAGGCCGCGGAGGCCAAGGCUGCCCAAGCUGAGGAGGACAACAUGCUUGAUCUGAUUAGCUCGUUCGGAAAGAGAGCGCCGCCUCCCCCGCCUGAGAAGAAGAACCCCUACAAGAAAUAG